CGUGCGCACUGAGUACACAGCCUGUACGCCAGCACGCGCUUCCGGAAAACAGCAACUGUCGGGUCUGCACGUGGGGUUGGGGGCGAUGGAAGGAGCGAUGCACACUGACGCCAAGAUUCGCCCAGAGUCUGGGACAGAGCCGGUUGCUCGCGUCCCUGGCUGCAGCCUCCGGCAUUUUGCUUGCGAACAGAACUUGCUUUCCCGGCCGGAUGGCUCUGCAUCUUUCCUACAAGGAGAUACCUCCGUCCUGGCCGGUGUGUACGGACCAGCCGAGGUGAAGGUCAGCAAAGAGAUCUUCAACAAGGCCACGCUUGAAGUGAUCCUGAGGCCAAAGAUCGGGCUGCCAGGUGUUGCGGAGAAGAGCCGGGAACGGCUGAUCAGGAACACGUGUGAAGCGGUGGUUCUCGGAGCCCUUCACCCCCGAACCUCCAUCACCGUGGUGCUGCAGGUUGUCAGCGAUGCUGGUUCUCUCCUGGCCUGUUGCCUGAACGCUGCCUGCAUGGCAUUGGUGGAUGCUGGUGUGCCCAUGCGGGCCCUCUUCUGUGGGGUUACUUGCGCCCUGGACUCUGAUGGGAACCUCGUGCUGGAUCCCACAACCAAGCAAGAAAAGGAGGCCCGGGCUGUCCUGACCUUUGCGCUCGACAGUGUGGAGAGGAAGCUGCUGAUGUCCACCACCAAGGGACAGUACUCCGACGCUGAGCUCCAGCAGUGCCUGGCUGCGGCUCAGGCUGCCACCCAGCACGUCUUCCGCUUCUACCGGGAAUCGCUGCAGAGGCGUUACUCCAAGAGCUGAUUCCUUCCCACCGCCACCACCCACCAGCUCCAGUGUAAAAUAAACACAUGGCCCAGCCUAGCCAGCCUGCCCUGUGUCCUGCCUA